UAUCGGUCGGGAUUUGUAGUCAGGGGAUUGGUCAGGGCUUUAGGGUAACCCAAAUUAAUUCCCCGCCAAAUUGAAACGUAAACAAGAAAUUUUAUCACGGACCCCGAUUGUUAUUUUCCGAUUUUAAACAGCACACAAUGGCGAGAAAAAGAAGAAAGCCGACUGUUUGCCAAACAAAGAAGUACUCUUACAUGAACCAACAAAAGCUAGAUAUAAUCAAAGAAAACCAACUUUCUUGCUCCAAACCAGCAGUUAAUAAACAUCAUAAAGGGAAUGAGAGAUUAUCUGAGAGUGAAGAUGAGAUGCCUUUAAAUUAUCCAACACGUCUGAUGUGCAGAGGUAAAGUCAAUGAUAGCGGACUCUGUAAUGAGGAUGGAGAAUACACUUGGAAGAAUGGUAGAAUUAUACUCCAGCUUGUAAAUGGAUCAUGGACAAUCAGCGUAGAAUAUGAAGCUAUACAGAAAUAUGUAGCACUAUCUUCAAACAUUAUAUGUGACCUCUCCUGUAACUCUGAACUAAAGAUACAGUUACGUCCAAAUGGAGGCUCUACACAACAUUGUAUGACGUUUAACUUCAAACCACACGCCAAAAAAGAGGAAGGUGAUAUGAGGAAGGUGUAUAAGAAACUGUUACAGAUACAAAAGGGGAAUGGACAGCCAGAUCAGAAUAAAACCUUGACCAACAAACCACCAUUAAAACAGACAGACUUAUGCCAUGGUAAUCCACAAGACAAUCAGAAUAAAACCCUGACCAACAGACUGCCAUUUAAACAGAUUGAUGAAAACCGUGAUAAACCACGAGACAGUCAAAGUAAACAACAGCCAACAAGUACAAGCCAAAUGCAAAAACCAAGAAACAUUCUAUCACCAUUGGCCUGUAGAGGAAAAAUUAAAUGUUUUAGAAGUGACCCUACCAAGUUACCAUGGAGAAGUGGGUCACUCAGUGUAGAACUUUAUCAAGGGAAAUGGACCUUGACCUUGGACUAUGACAUCAGACAAAGUGUCACACAGAAAUGUUACGAGCUCAGACCAGAUACUGUUAAAACCGUUGACUGUUUAACCCAACUUAGAUUAACCUUAGAACUUGGUCAAAAGAGUUUUUUAUAUUUCCAUCUUAUUCCAAUGAAAUCUGUUGAGGAAGAGAAAAUGAAGAAUAUUUAUGAAAAGUUGUUGGAAAUUCAGAAGAUGAACGCUGUUCCUACAGUAAUAAAGAAUAUGUCUGAUUCUGAAGAUGAGAAUUUUAAGGAAUAUGAAAUUGAACCAACCAAGCAUAAAGUUCAGCCAGGGAGAAUAUCUCCAAGACAACCAAAAGUUACAACAAUGCAAGAAAGAACAUCUCCCAUGGAAAUUACAUCAAAUCAGAAUCUUGAUAAAGAAGCACUAGAACACGUUGAAAUUUCACCAUAUGAAACUGAGAUAAUAGCUGACACAGAGAUAUUUAAUAUCCCAACAUGCCAAAAUCUCAUUUCAAAGGACACAGACUUGAGUAGCAAGGUGCCCCUUACACAGACAACCCAACUGAAAUGUAGUGGAAAGAUGAAGCUGGUUGGAGAAGAGUUAUGUUUGCCUAAAUGGAGGGAUGAUGGAACGCUAAAAAUGAAGUGUGUAGAUGGAUCAUGGAAAAUGGAUUUAAAUUACUAUGUUAUAGGAGAUGGAAUGAUAAUAAUGAAAUAUAAUGUUUCUACAGGAAUUAUUGUUAAGGUUACAUGUAAAAGUCAACUGACAGUGGAGUUUAAACCUGUCGACAGCCUGCCUGUUGUAGUUCAUCUGAGGCCUUAUACAGUCAAUGACAGGAAUAAUAUGAUCAAAGUGUUUCAUAAACUACGGGAGAUUCAGAGGAAUGAGGUAAACCAGCCAGCUGUGAUUAGUAAUAAAAGAUCUGUCUCUGAUCUUUCACAUCAAGAAUCCAGGGAGGACACAAGUUGCAAAAGAAUGAAAACUUUGCCUGAUUCAAAUGAGGGCCUGACAGUUAUUCAAGCAGGAGCAACAUUGAAUGAGGAAUUAAUCAGAUUUCUUGAAAGAGCCGCCACAAAACCAACAAUAAUCCAAACUUGCAGUCAGAAUGAUCAGGACUUUAAUGAAGAUGAUAUAAAGAGCAUUGCUGAUGUGUGUAGAAACUGUAAACAUGAUAAAAUACUUAUAACACAUAGGACUGCUAAAUUAGGGACAUUUGCUGAAUUUCUUGCCACACAGGAUUUACAUAAAACUAUCUUACUAGCUGCAGAUGACCUUGAACUUACGGCUGAUUUUACUGUUGGAUAUACACUUGGUGUUUUACAGUGUUUAUCUGAAAAAGAUAUUUAUAUUAUCAGGGAUGGAAGAUUGAUUCAUUGGUCAAAAGUGUCACAUGAUAUAGCAUAAGCAAGGCUAUUGGUUAAAAGCUGAUUGUCACAUGAUAUAGGAUAAGCAAAUUCAUUGCUUCAAGGAAAAGUUGAUUCAUUGGUCAAAAGUGUUGCAUGAUAUAGCCUGAGCAUGUCCAUUGGAUCAAAACGGAUUGUCAUAUGAUAAAGAAUAAACAAAUUAGUUGGUUUCAGGCUGAAAAUGGAGACUAGUCAACUAUGUGUACCAUAAAUAAAAUUACAAAUCCACAAUUACAGCUGAUAUGGAGAGUAUAACUUUACUGUUGUGUAUAGUGCUCAGAACUCAGGUCUCACAAGUGAAAUUCUUAUAGUGCUUUCGUUUGAGUUUUAUUACCAGGUUUUAUGAUCACAUUAAUUUGUCCGAACUGUUUUAUUAAUUUUAAUGGUUUUAUGAUGACUAAUUUCUGAGGAAUGUUUUCUUAUGCAAUCAAGAACUAAAAAAAAAAUAUCUUUUUUUCAUAACAAUGUUGUGCAGGAUGUUCCUACAACAUGACAUUUUACCAAAAAUGCAAGGAUUUUAUAGUGCUCAGAGUUUGAUAAUAUUUUUAGAAGAUUCUGUUUUAAAUCCUAAGGAAAAACCUUAUUAUUUACCUGUAUAUAAAUAUAUGGCACAAAUGAAAGAUGUAAUUUUUGGCGCAAUAGUAAAGAUAUUGAUAAAAGUUUUUUGUAUAAUACAAACCAGACAUGGUUCUCUGUUAGACAAAUGAGCAGACACUAAGUAGUAGAUCUUACGGUAUGAUUUAAUGUUGAAUAAGAUAUAACUUGCAUGAUAGGAAUUAGUAAAAAAUGUAUAUAUAUUGACUUAAAUAUUGUUACAGUGGAACUUGCCUAAUCCAACACACUACAUGACCAGAAAAAAAUGUUGGAUAAAAAAGGAUGUUGGAAUAUUCAGGUUUUAUCGCAAGGAUAGGUCUAUUUUGGGACCAUGAAAUUGUGUCUGUUAAAACAGGAUGUUGGAAUAUCCAGAUGUCAGAUUAGGAAGGUUAUACUGUAUUUCAUUUAUAAAAAAAAAUAUUGUGAUUUCCCAUUUUAGAAAUAAUAACACAUAAUUUCACACCUGACGUCAUCCAAUGAAAGACUUUGUUAGUGAUGUUACAUUGAAACAAAAUGAGAACAUGUAGAUAAGAUAUAGAACCUUGUGUUUUAAUUUUAAGUUCAAUUUAAAAGCCCAUAGCCAUUUUAAUAAAAAGAGUAAAUAACUAGAUAUAAAAAGAUGUUCAACUUGUGACUUAAAACUAAUAAUUGAUUCAAGCAUUACACACAUUUAUUAUGUUCUUGAACCAAUGUGUUGUUUUGUCAUUUGAUUCUAUAUUAAAUUUUUCAAUUUAGUUAUUCUAUAAAUAUGUAUAAAAUAUGUUCCCUAUGAUAAGAUCUUUGUAAUUUAGAUGCCAAAUUAUAUUUUUGACCCUUAAUAUCACUGUGCACUAAACAUAUUAAAAUUAAAGUAAUAGUGGGACAUCUGUGUACAGUAGACACAUUCUUGUUUGAUUUAAUCAUUCUAUAUUAAAGUAUGUAUAAAAUAUACCAGUAUAGCUGAAUCAAAUGUGAACAAAGACAAGUAAGAAUUCAAUAUGUCAGUUUACUUUUCUAGUCAUGUAAUUAAAAACAUAAUAGUCACUGUAAAUGAACUUAUUUUUGAGGAUCCUAUAUUUCUUGAUUGGUCCAUUCUAACUGACUUAAUCAAGUUUGUGGAAAUUUUGUUUUUUUGCAAUUUUCUUCUGC